AUGAGAGUUCACAUUCAUGAUGACACAUUAGCUACAGAGUUCUCCAAGACGCUACUUUACAUUGGAAAUGGAAAACUUACACAGGGUCCAGAAGAUAGUCGGUGCCACCUCCCAUGUGGCAUUAUGACUGCCUCCCUUGAAGAACUAAAGAGCAAGGUCUUUCCAAAUCUUGCCACAAACUACAAAAGUCACAAGUGGCUAUGUGAAAGAACAAUUCGGGCAGCAAUGGAUGAUGCUGUAGACAAGAUGAAUCUAAGUUUGUUGUCUCAGCUUCCAGGAGCUGAAUGUUCAUAUAGAUCAGUUGACUCUGUCCCUGAUCAAGAACAGGCAAUGUAUUACCCAGUAGAGUUCCUCAAUUCUCUUCAACCACUAGAAUUUCCACCACACAUUCUGAUCAUAAACGCAGGUGCUCCCAUAAUGCUGGUAAGAAAACUUGAUGGACCCAGACUCUGCAAUGGAAGAAGGUUGGUUGUUAAAACGUUCAUAUCCCAUGUGUUGGAAGCAGCGAUGAUUGCAAGCAACAUGAUGUGGGAGAAUGUCUUCAUUCCAAGUAUUGAUCUUUGCAAUAUCUAUCAACAAGAUCAAGCUUUAAACGUGUUGGGACUUAACUUCCUUCAGCCAUGCUUCUCACAUGGUCAUGCAAAGAAAAAUACUCAGACAACUUUUAAUACAAGUCUAUUGCCUUCACACAAUCCUUAG